ACGCACCUUUAUGCGCAGGCUCUCCCGACUCGCACCGCCCAGGGAGUGGGGAGGAUAAGUCGCUGUCAUGGAGGACGCCGCAGCGCUCGGGAGGACCGAGGGGGUCCUUGAAAGGCAAGGACCGCAGCCAGCUGCAGGCCAGGGAGGAGCCCUGGUGGAGCUCACCCCGACUCCCGGCGGCCUGGCCCUGGUGAGCCCCUACCACACCCACCGGGCCGGGGACCCCUUAGACCUCGUGGCGCUCGCAGAGCAGGUGCAGAAGGCUGAUGAAUUCAUCCGAGCAAAUGCCACCAACAAGCUGACAGUUAUAGCUGAGCAAAUCCAACAUUUGCAGGAACAAGCCAGGAAGGUACUGGAAGAUGCUCACAGAGAUGCCGACCUGCACCAUGUAGCUUGUAAUAUGGUGAAAAAACCUGGCAACAUUUACUACCUCUAUAAACGGGAGAGUGGUCAGCAGUAUUUUUCCAUCAUUUCUCCAAAGGAAUGGGGGACAAGUUGUCCACAUGACUUCCUUGGUGCCUACAAGCUACAGCAUGACUUGUCCUGGACUCCGUAUGAGGACAUUGAGAAGCAAGAUGCUAAAAUCGGCAUGAUGGACAAGUUGCUAAGCCAGUCAGUGGCCCUGCCUCCAUGCACUGAACCCAACUUCCAGGGAUUGACUCACUGAGAGUGGGCUCUGACAAACAGCUCUCACAGGACUUGGCUGUCACCUCCUUGUUGACCCCAUUGUUAUCUUGAGAAUUGAGGACAUGUAGGUGAAUCACAAACUUCCUGGAAAGAGACCCUGUGUAAAUGUAAAUGCUGUCAUUUUGACUUUUAAUUGGGAUGGUAAUAAUCAUUGAGACAGAGUCACUGUCUUUCGGGAUCCUCUCUGGACCACAGAUACCCAAGUCAGUCAGUUUCAGAGUAUUGGCCAAUGUACUUUCCUUCUUCCUCUCCAUCACUUCUUCCCUUAAGUUAAAGUGUUAGAGAAGACUUUCUUCUUCCCAUAAAAAGGUUGGUGGAUCGUUUUCCAGAGAGAACUGUUUUCAGUCUUUUUUUUUUUUUUUUUUUUAGUAACUGGUAGUAUUUAACGUUGGGGUUGAGGCUGUCUCACAGUUGGUGCAACUCCAGUUUAAAAUUCAUCUGGGAAUGAGAAUGUUGGGUAAUGGAGGGUGAUUAAACCCCCCCCCCCAAAAAAAACCACUUGGCUUUGCUAGACCAGAGAGUGUGUGAUUCUGGGAUUUCUGUGCUGUUGAUGAGGUUUGUCUUGCCCCUUUUGCUCUCUCUGCCUUGCUAGAGUGAAUGAGAAUCUGAGGCAGCAGCAAAGGCCAGGUUUGGGGAGAGUCAACUUUGAAACUCACAAAUUUUAGACUUGGAAGAGACAUUGGAUGCUGCCACUAAUCAUUAUAGAAUCCAUUGUGUAGUCUCCCAAGGAGGAGCUCCCAGGCUCAGCCACCUGCAGCAGAACAAACCCAUUUAAAUGGCUACUUAAAAAUACUGUGGAAGAGAGUAUGGCAGUAGAGUGAGAAACAAGAAAAACAGCCAAAUUGUUGACUGUGAGUUAACUCAGAUUGAAAUUCAUUUUGACAAGAAUUAUUCAAGAACUUAAGGGCCUUUGGCAAAAUUACUGUAGUUCUUACUCCGACUAGGCUGUUGUAGGACUCUACCUUCUUUCCUGUCUUCGGUGGAAUUAGCUCGUUUAUGGAUGAUUUAGCAUGGCUGUAAUCUAUUGCAAUAUGCUGUAAAAGAACAGAGAGAGAUGUCCUUGAACUGACAAUAGCCCAAGUUUCUCUCUGGGAAUGGAUGUUCGUUAUGCUGAUCUGCUUGGUAAUACCCUCCCCCCCCCAUUAUUCAUGGUCUCUCCUCAUAAACUGCAUUUCUUGUG